AUGGAGAUCCCUUCAGAGGGAACCAAAACGAGCAACAAGGGUGGAUUUAGAACCAUGCCAUUUAUCAUAGCAAAUGAGUCAUUGGACAAGGUUGCAAGCUUUGGGCUUAUGGCAAAUAUGGUGGUGUACAUAGUAACUGAAUAUCACUUGGAUAACGCACCAGCAAUUAAUAUUCUGUUCUUGUGGGGAGCCAUAUCAAAUUUUCUGCCUAUCUUUGGUGCUUUUCUUUCUGAUUCUUUCUUGGGUCGCUUUCGUUCCAUUGCAUUAGGGACUCUCGUCAGUCUACUUGGAAUGUUCGUCCUGUGGUUAACAUCAUUAAUUCCACAAACAAGGCCUUCAGAGUGUGAGAAGCCAAAUCCAGCAGACUGUGAUCCAGCAAAGCGAGCUCAACUUGUGCUUCUCUAUUCUUCAUUUGUUCUCAUGUCCCUUGGAGCAGCUGGAAUCAGACCAUGUUCCAUGGCCUUUGGUGCAGACCAACUUAACAAUCCCGACAACCCCAAGAACGAAAGGACCUUACAGAGAUUCUUCAACUGGUACUAUGCUUCAGUUGGAAUCUCUAUCACCAUUGCAGUGACAAUCAUUGUUUAUAUUCAAGAUCAUGCUGGUUGGGUUGUGGGAUUUGGGGUUCCUGUUGGAUUGAUGUUGAUUUCAGCAAUAAUGUUUUUGGUAGGCUCUUUCCUCUAUGUUAAGGUAAAGGCAAACAAGAACUUGAUUGCUGGAUUAGCGCAUGUGGUUGUGGCAGCUUGGAGGAACAAACACUUGUCCUUGCCUCCAAGCAGUAACAUUGAUAGCUGGUAUUCUCUCAAAGGUUCAAAACUCGUAACGCCAACAGAUAAACUAAGGUUUCUAAACAAAUCUUGUAUGAUUAAAAGCCGUGAGAAGGACUUGGAUCCUCAAGGAUUGGCUAUAGACCCUUGGAGUUUAUGCACUGUGAGACAAGUAGAAGAGCUAAAAGCUGUGAUCAAAGUAGUUCCAAUCUGGUCAACUGGAAUUGUCAUUGCAGUCACUCUUAGCCAACACUCUUUCCAUGUCCUCCAAGCAAGAACCAUGGACAGGCACUUCAUUGGCAAAUUCCAAAUACCACCAGGCUCUUUCGGCGUCUUUUCAAUCCUCACUUUGACACUUUGGGUGGCCAUCUACGAUCUGGCUAUAGUUCCAUUCCUGUCAAAGUUCACCAACGAGCCAAGAGGACUCAGCUUCAAGCUGAGGAUGGGAAUUGGGCUAGCAAUCUCUUGCUUAGCAACAGCAGUGUCUGCAUUGGUAGAGAGACACCGGCGAAGUGUGGCAAUCCGUGAAGGUUUUUCGAACAACCCUCUUGGAGUUGUAAGCAUGUCUGCAAUGUGGCUGAUUCCACAGAACUGCCUCACUGGCUUAGGAGAGGCUUUUAAUGCAAUUGGGCAAAUACAAUUUUACUACUCUCAGUUGCCAAAGGGCAUGGCUAGUAUUGCUGUGUCUCUCUUUUCACUUGGGUUGGGUCUGGGGAAUGUGCUUGGGAGUAUUAUAGUUUCUUCCAUGAACGAUGUCACUAAAGAAAAUGGAGUGAGUUGGGUAUCCAACAACCUAAACCAGGGUCACUAUGACUAUUAUUAUUGGGUGAUAACUGUGAUGAGUGUGGUUAAUUUCUUCUACUAUCUUGUGUGUAGUUGGGCUUAUGGGUCUGACGAAAAUGUGGUAUGGGAUGAAGAUGAAGACUUGAAAGGGGAAGCUAUGAUUUUUACCAAGCCUAUGGAGUCUCAAAAUAUUGUUUUCUCCACUUGAUUUGCAUAUAUUAUUUGCUGCAAAUACAUGAGUGUUUAAUUAUGAAUAAUAUUCCCAGGUUAUUUUUAUUUACAUGAUGUAGCUCAGAGAUGUGGACCAAAGUGGUCUAAAUUCAUAUAUGGAAUUAUGAAAUAUACAUGUAGUUUUUUUGGAUCU